AUGAAAAAAAGAAUAACAUCUCAAAGACAAACCAAUAUUGAAGAAGACUUUAGAGAUAAUAAUGAUAAUGAUGACGGAGAUUUACGUCUUCCUGCUUCUUUUCUGGAAACUAUUGGUACAAAUGGACAGCAUCCGUCAGUAAAACGACCAGUUAAUGAAUUUAAAGAUUAUAUCGAAGGAAGAUACUUAUCAGCACAUGGAGACUUUAUCGAACAAAAACAACCUGAAAUACCAACAAAAAUUAUGAGAAGACGAACAACCGAUAAAAUUACCAGAUUAGUUUUAAUACCUCCUGAAGUUAGUGAAUUUUUUUACUUAAGGUGUAUUCUAAUGCAUCAUCCAUUUCGAACGUGGAAAGAUCUUAAAACAGUAAAUAGAACUAUUUUUUCUUCUUACCAAGAAACUGCUCAUGAAAUGGGUCUAUUCGCUAUUGAUAAUGAAGGAGUAUUUAUAAUGAAGAAAGCUGUUGAAAACUUUUAUACACCUUUAAAACUACGAUUUCUAUUUGUACAAUUAAUUUUAGAUAGUACCCCUGCUUUAGAACUAUGGGAAAAAUUUAACCAACAACUUUCCUCAGACAUAAAAGAACAAUCUCACCAUAAUCAACAACUUUCUAUCAAUAUUACCCUUCAGCAAAUCGCUUAUAUGCUUACAGAGCACGGACGACGAAU